AUGAGCGGCGGGAGCGUCGGAAGCCAGGCGCUGCGUCGAAUCGGCAGCGGCACGAGCUUCCCGAGCCAUGGCGUCGCGUCGGGAGCAUCCUCCACCGCCGUCGCCGCGUCGUCUUCCGCGAUUUCCGGAUUCCCGUCCGCUCCCUCGCUUACUCCCCCCUCGAUCUCCUCGCGCUCCGCCGUCUACUUCCCCCCGCACCGCACGCAGCUCCCCCCGCGCUACGCCUACGCAUCGUCCGCAUCCGCCGCGUCCGGCCGGCCGCGCAAGGCCCGCGCGAUUCUCUGCUUCAUCCUCCUCGCGACCACCUUCGUCCUCCUCUUCUCCUCCGCGCUUUACGCGCCGUUCGCGCUUUCCCUCUCCUCCUCCCCAUCCUCCUCGUCCGCUCUGUCUGUCUCCAGCGGUCGCGCCUUGGGAACUAUUUCCCGCUCCUACUCCAUAAUAAUCGACGCGGGAAGCACCGGGUCGCGCGUCCACGUGUACUCGUACACGCGGCUCGCGGACCCGUCGGCGCUUCCGCUGGUCGACCCGCACGCGCCGACUCUUAAGAUCCGCCCGGGACUCUCGUCGUUCGCCGCGGACCCGGCCGCAGCGGGCGGGUCGCUUGUGGGACUUAUGGACUUCGCGAAAACCAAGGUCCCCCGCGCGCUGUGGUCCGCCACGCCCGUGCGCCUGAUGGCGACGGCGGGGCUGCGCCGCCUGCCCGCGAGCGGCGCGCGCAGGAUACUGCAGUCGUGCGCGGAGGUGCUGGGGGCGUCGGGAUUCGCGUUCGACCCGGAGGAUGGCGCUACUGUCAUUGCAGGCGUGUGGGAGGGUGUGUACGCGUGGGUGGCGGCGAACUAUGCUAAGGGCACCCUGGGAGGCGAUGCGCGGGACUCCGUGGGGGUCGUGGAGAUGGGGGGGGCGUCCGCACAGGUCACAUUCGUGCCAGAUGAGCCUCCCCCAGAUGAGUACCGGCACGACAUUUCCUUGGCCGGUGUGGACUAUGUGCUCUACUCCCACAGCUUCCUGCACUACGGACAGGAGGCAGCAGAGGAGGCAGCAGAAACGCUUGUGGCUCUUGUGUCUGCACAGCGGCAGCAGGCAGAGCACGCAGAGCAGAGACAGCAGCAGCGGGAGCAGCUUCAGCUGGGGCAGCAGCAGCAGCAGCAGCAUGCAAACACGUCGCUGCCUACCGAACUGGUGGUGAAGGGACACGGGCAAGUGCAAGGAAACAACACAGGGGCUGGAAAAGGGGAAAGCAGAGGCGAUGGGAAAGCAGGAGUGGGAGUGGUCGGGGGAAGAGAGCAGCAAGGAAAUGCGGCUGAUGGCAAGGCUGUGGCGGUAUCAGAGCCAGGUGGUUCAGCUGUUACAGCUGCUGCCGCUGGUUCUGGUGGUGCAGGUGCAGCAGCAGCAGCAGCAGCAGGUGCAGCAGCAGAGGCGGUACGCAGACUGGGAUUGGAGAAGCAGUUAUGGCAUGGCAACCCGUGCAGACACCACCUGUUGCCGUUCCUCCUUACCGAACCUCCCACCUCCACCCCCUCCUCAAAACCCUCCUCUGUAGCACCAGCAGUAGGAACGGGAGCUACAGCAGCAGAAGCUGCGGCAGCAGAUGCAGCAGCAGCAGCAGCAGCAGCAGGGGCAGUAGCAGCUGCAGGAAAGGAGUUGGCACUCUCUUCUCCACGUCUGCCCUUGCAACAACAGCAACAGCUGCAGCAGCAGCUGGGGCACCAGCUGGGGCACCAGCUGAGGCACCAUCGCUCUGCUAACUUCUCCCUCUGCAGGCACCUGGCCACUCGCCUCUUCACUCAUGGCCGCCCAGACAGUCAGCACACUCCCCCUGCGCCCUGCCCCUACACGCGGUGCCCCUUUGCGGGCGGGGUGUUUGUACCAGAGCUGCGAGGGCAGUUCUUUGCCACCGAAAACUUCUUUUACACCUCUGAGUUUCUGAAGCUCCCAGCAACAGCAACCCUGGCGGAGUUUGCGGCUGCAGGCACAAGGCACUGUGCCCAGGGCCUUCUCCCACCGCCCUCUCCUGCUCGUGUCAAACACACGCUGGAAGCACAAGGCGAUAGUCAACGCGGGGGGAUGGCUCUGGGUGAUGGUCAACGCGGCGAUGGUGCUGGUGCUGGGUCUGGUGGUGCUGCUGUGGGUGCUGUGGUGGCUGCGGCUGUUAAGCUGUCAAGAAAAGAGGGAUUGGGAAUGAGAGGAGGAGCGGGGAGAAAGAGGGAAGGGAAACCGGGGGAGGGUAAAAGGGGAGUGGGGGCAGGGGGUGGUGAGGAGGGAGGUGGGGUGGUGGUGAGUGAGGAGGAGGUGAAGGAGCAUGGCAAGUACUGUUUCUCGGCGUCCUACAUUGUGGCCUUUCUGCAUGAUGCUCUGGGGGUUUCCCUGCACGAUACCAAGUGA